AUGGCAGCUCACGCGCGACCGGGGCCGAUCUCCCCGGCGCUGCAGAACAGCUACGGACCGGAGGCGACCCUUUUCGAGCACCGGCCCCAAGACGGACCUCAAGUCGUCGCGUUUGACGCGCCCGAGGCAAUACCGGGACAGUCACCGUAUCACGGUUAUGUUUCGAAGCCAUACGAAGAAAAGCAGCCACCCUCACGAAAAGAAAGACGCAAGAAGAUUCUCGGCCUUCCCGUUGCAUUGUUCUGGGUCCUUCCAGCGCGCCACUACCUCUACAUCACCAUCACCAUCACAGUCAUCCUCGGAAACAUCAGACCAAACCCAAGGAACUACAUCUACAGCCGCCGCCUCAUCCACACCAUCAACAGCCACAACAUCAUCAGUAUCGAGCAGCACAUCAUCCGCACCCGUGACCUCCGGCACGACUGGUGUAGCCGACAACAGCUGCACAUAUUCAGUGCCCAAGACGUAUUACUCAUCCGCUGA